CAACACAGGAUCAUUAUCAAACACUGAGCGCUGUCUUCAUUUGUCUGGCUUCCAAGUAAUCACCUCCUGCUACUCUGAAAUUCCCCAUAGUGCUCUGUUACCUAACAUCAGUGGAGAAAGAUGGCCUGGAUUUUUUUGAAUGAUUAGCGCCAAAUGUAUCAUAUUUAUACAUAUUUAUUUUUAUAACUUGAAUUUAUUUUCUAAACUGCACACAAAGCAAGAUGGCUUCAUUUUUACAACAACUCAGGGUUCUCUUAUGGAAAAACUGGCUGAGCAUCAUGAGGCAGCCGGUUUGGUCACUGGUCCUCAUUUUAUGGCCUGUGGUCAUAUUUGUAAUAAUUGCAAUCACCCGUGCAAAAUUUUCUGGAGAUAUCCAGCCAAACUGCUACUUGGCUCCACGCAACCUGCAGAGCACAGGGAUGAUUCCCUUUCUUCAAAACUUCCUCUGCAACACAGACUCAUCGUGUAACUACAUAAGCUACCUGCCGAACACAUCAUCUACUACCACAAAAAGCAAUAUACAAAAACGUUCAGUUGAUUCUGGAGGGGGAGGAGGAGACUCAACAUUCUUAAUGAAAGCAUCAGGCAACAUAUCAGCUUCAUUGGGGCAAAAAUCUGUCAACGUAACAAAUCAAAAUAACACAAGAACUACAAGUACUACUACAAGUACUACACAGAUGGCAAUACAGAUGUUGCUUUCAGGAGAUGUGAAGGGAGCUGUCUGCCUUUCUGCCAUUUCAUUAUUGUCACCCAACAGCAGCUCCAAGGACCUCUGCAAAAACAUUACAUCAUUGACACAGUUAAUAAAUCUCGCAAUAAAUCAGAUUCACCUAAAUAUGACAGAAAUCCUCAGUACAUUGCAGACAGUGUCAACCCAGUUCCAAAAGGUGCAGAAUGACACUGCAUUUUGGAAUCUGCUUCUUAUGUUACCACAGUACAUCAAGGAUCCAAAAAGUUUUCCCUUUGGUGGAGAGCUGAAUAUACAAGUCCCUCCAGUAUUCCAGGAUUCCGCGGAUAUAAAUUCCUGCAUUAAACUCAUCUUAAGGAUAGACAAAAUAGUGCAAAACAGUACAUUGAAUGUUGCAGUUUCUGGCCAGUGGGAGAUGCUGGCAGGACAGAAUCUUACUAAGGAGAUUGGUGCCUGCAUUUCAUUGUACAAGUACUUGCCAUGCAAGAAUGGGACUUUUUUAUGCUGGCCUCAACCGGAAACCUUUUUCUCCUUGGUGCUGUCUCUUAACAGUACAUCCAACAACAGUCCUUGUAUGUCCGAUGUCUCAGGAGUGGCGUGCAACAGUUCCGCCAACAGGGACUACUUGUACCAAAGGUCAGGCACUCUCCUAAGCAAGGUUAUUACAAGUCAACCAGCAGAACUUUCAAGAUUUUUGCUACAAACUUGGGCAAUUGUGAAACAGAACAAAAUUUAUGAACUUAUUAAUCAGAAACUUCAAGAAGCAAUUGCCAGCCAGUACCCUGGUAACAUUCAAGUACAGCGUACCCUUACAGGCUUUGUGCAGCUGCUAUCUAAUACCACCGAUAUACUGGUUAAUGAGGUUUCAACGAACCCCCAGAUUCUAAAUAUUACUAGUUCCUUGCAAGUACUUCAAAAAUUAUCAGAUCAGUUCAACAUUCUUUUUUUUCAAAAUCUACAUGGAGCAUUGCUCAACACUACAGAAAUUUUGCCCUAUAAUGGAUCCAAUGAGGUAUUGAAAGAACUACAGACCUUAUUUAACACCUGGAUAACCACGAGUUCAGAAAAUGGUCUCUUAAAUGACACUGCAACAAUAUUUGGGAUACUUUCUGUGCUUAACCAGUCAUCAUUCACUCCAUUAAAACAAACAUUUUUAGCUCUUAUGAACUUAGACCCACUAGCAGCCAACAUAACCAAUGCUGUGAUCAAAACUUUAAACAUCUUAAGUAAGUCAAUAUCUGUAGCUAAUUUAUCCGAUAGCUCAUCGCUUGCUGAAUUUUACUUAAAGCAAAUUGCAAAUUUUAUAUCUGAUAAUAACCUGCAAAAUAAUCUUUUGUAUUUCAACUCACUUUUCAACUACAGCAGCCAGCUGUCUUUUUUACAAUCUGAUAAUUUUAGGACUGUGGCUAUGGACUUCUUGUUAUUUUUUACUCCAUCCAACAUUCAAAACAUAAGCUCAGAUCCCACUCAUGCAGCAUCAUCUUUGUUCAAUUUUAUAACUAAUCUUAUUCCUGUAGAAGGGCAAGGUAUUUUUCAAGAACUAGUGAAUGCUACACUGACCCUGCUUCAAUCAGUUGCCACUUGCCAGAAGAGCCAUUUUAACUGCACCAACGCUACUGCAAUGUUUCAGCAAAUGUUGGGAGAAUCCAUAUUCUUUAUCAACUCUCUAAAAAGUGAUAUUCAGCAACAAUUUACAAAUGCAUCUGUGUUGCAAUUCAGCAUUCCCAGCAGUUCUGAAAUUUAUUUCAUUAAUAACAUAUACAAUAUGGCUUUGUGCUAUCAAGGCAAUUCCUGUAACAGUUUCCAAAACAUCUACAAUGAAACCAUGCAAGUAAUAGAUGUAAUUCAAAAAUUCACUUUCAGAAAUGGUUCAAAUAACCUGUCCAGCCCAGAUCUCUUAGAAGAGUUAAAACAAAACCUUACUAUCUUUCAACAGGCUCUUAAUUCUGUAGAUGUAAAUAAGCUAAUGGCUCAGCUAGAGAAUGUCAUCAAUGGAUCGACCUGCUUGACUUACACAGAUACCCAGCAAUUAAACUGCACACUAAAAUGGAUUUCUUUUCUCAUGAGCCUCCUUCAGAGUUGUCCAUUGCCACAGCAAGUGAAUGAAACUCUCUAUGUGGCUUCUUCUAUUGUAAAUUUCUGGCUGCAAGAACUAAAUUCGUCAUUAGAGCUGACAUACAUCUACAAUUUAACAAAGAUAACACUUCAGAAUAAUUCAGUGAUAAUGGACAUAAACACAAUGAUUACAAACAUUGCAAAGACUUUAGAAGAAAUUGAAGUAAAAUUAAACACCAGCAGCCAAGAGCCCAUAAUAAUCAUUAGAAAUCUGGCGGAUAUUAUGAACAUCAGUAACAUAAAUAACACAUUUGAAACUGCCCUCUUUUUUCAAAUAGACCAAGAGCUAAUAAAUAUAAAAACACAACUUCAGAUUGCUCAGUGGUAUGUAACUUAUGUAAAAAAUAUAACGGAAACAUUUCAGACUUCUGGCAACUGGUAUCCUAUUGUGACAAUGACACAACUUAUAGUAAAUAAUAUUAUAUCCACUAUGAAAGAUAAUCCCUCAAUGGAGUUAUUUACAACAGAAGCAAAUAAUACAAUUUACUGGUUAAGACAAUUAAAUCUUAUUCCUGUUAUUAAAAGCCUGUUAAGUUUAACAUCCCAAGAUGGUGUUCAAACCAUAGACCAAGUAAUAAACCACACCAUGUCUAUAAUGGAAACUGUAUUUCAAGAUAAAAAUUUUUGGAAUACUUUUUUCAGCCAAACUGAACAAUACGAUUUAAUGUUUGCACUGAAGUUACUACAGAAUAUCAGCACAGAAAGACAAGACAAUUUAUCAUCUGCUUUAAUCUCAGUGGAAAGAGUUAUUUAUACACUGGAAAGCUAUCUAACCAAUGCAUCUCUUGACAUAUCAUUCAAUAAUGAUAUUCUGGAAACAAUCUACAAUAUUUCCAGGGGAGUAAUGAGUAUUACUUCUAAUACUAGAUAUAUAGGCAAUAUAAAUAGGGAUAUGUUCUCAAACAUUUCCAUCUUGCUGCUGCAGAGUUGGAAUUCAAGCAGACUGACAAUUCUUCAUUCUUUAGAGCAAAAAUUGGUGGAUCUAUUAGACAUAGGCAUUCAGUGUCAAUCCACAAACAUGACUCCAGCAAGUACUCAGAACUGCUCCACCACAAACAUUCUACAAAGUAUACAGAAAAUGCUAGAUUUUUACGGCUGUUCCCUUCAGCUUUCUGAUAGUACUAAUAACAUAACUUUAAUUAGUAUUGUGGAAACUGCUCUAAAUUUUUCACAGACAGGAAAUAUGACUGGGUGCCUUAUUGAAGACGUACAGCUUGCUGAUGAAUUGGUGUGCUUUAGUGAAAUACUCAGAAUCUAUACUGAGUUUCUUUCAAAAACAAAUGAUGCUUUUGGUCUCAACCUUACUUGGAUUCAACAACUAAAUGGGGAAUUAACUCCAGUUUCAAAAAAGAUUUUAGAAAACAACAAGACAUGCUCAGUGAUAGACAAACACACUCUAAAUAUAAUGCAACAAGUGUUUGAAAGGCAGUUGCUCUCUUUGCAGCAGCUACUUUCCCUUAUUACCAACCAGACCACUGAUAAUGGUCAUAAUCUCCCUUCAUACACUGAAUAUUGGGGAUGGCUCUCUGAAAUUCUGGAGUUUUACAUCUAUCAACAACAACCACAUCUUUUAAAUGAUAGCAUGUUCAAUAUUUUGAAUGAAACCAUGUUUCAACUAAUAAAUCUGUCCCAAACCUUCCAAAAUGUCAGCAAACAGUCUGUAUUCUCUGAAGUGUGGAAGAUUCUGGACAAUUUGCCAAACAAUUUUGGUCACACAGAAGCAAUGAAAAACUAUUCUCAGUUCCUCAGUAAACUGCACAAAGCUGUAAAUCUUGCUAUCAGAUUGGAUAGAAUACUAUCAAACAACACUUUUAAAAGCUUCCCAGAAGGGUUUCACACUUUUAUAAUUCUUUUGAAUUCAGAACUCAAUAUAACUUCUCCUGAGCUAUGCAGCACUGCACUAAAAACCUUUAUUGCUUCCAAUCAGAGUGUUGGCAGAGAGAUGAACACACAGUUAAUAUCUAUCAUGAGCACCUGGUCAUGCAAUUUGUUUUUUGGCAAUAUUUCCAUAGUAGACUGGAUGGAAGAGCUUAAGAACUAUACAACAAUAAUAGCAACUGCACAGAAUAACCCUACACUGUAUGUGGAGAUGGCCCAACAGAUAUCAUCAUUAAUACAAGAGUUUUUAAAUUCUACCUCUACUGUAAACUUCCAUUCAUUUAUAAAUUUCUUAAAUGAGGUUUCCAAUGGCCAAUAUGACUCAGUAAACUGGAAUGUAUACUCUUCUGUCCAAGACUUUAUUAACGCUUUACAGUCAUCUCUAAAAGAGGCAUUAGCCAAUGGAAAUGUUGUACCCCUUGCCGUAGGUGAAAAGCUCACUACUGAUACUAUUGGAUCACUAGUUAUAUUAAUGAACAGGCUAAAUGUUACAGGCUACGAGGACAUCUUGGCAUUUAGUAAUAACAUUGUUCAGCUUUAUUUCAGAAGCAGAAACACUUCAUUUGCCUUGGACAGCUUAGCUCAAAUGACAUGGAAACAACUAUUAACCUAUCUACAACAAAGUGGACUUGAGAAGCAACUAAUUCAAACACUUCAGAGUCAUAUCUUCAGCUAUAGCCCUGAAACUCAAGAGACAGCAAACAUCCUGCAGAUCUUACUCAAUACUAUGUUCGGCUCAUUUGAUGGGCCCUCUUCCAGUUUUGGCCUGCAAGAACCCUACCUCAACAACAGCAUGGUAAUAGGCAUAAUAAGGACCAUUGUGGGGAAACUCAAUAACACCACGUUUCAGAAAAACCUUUUGGAUGAUAAGAAAAAACUCACAGAACUAAUUGUAAGUGUCAUGGAUUUUAUAUUACAAAACAGUCUUACUUGGGACAAUGUUUCACUGGACUCUCUAUUUACCCAGCAUCAAACAAGUGCAAUUGAAAAUAUCCUUGAAAACCUGGUGAAUGAUUGGAUAUUAAUAGGCACAGGAGAAAAUGAACUUUUAUUCAACUACAGCUCAAACAUUAUCAAGAUAUUUUAUCUUUUGUGUAAAACAAGUAAUAACACACAAGCAAUGGAGGCACUGCAGUUUUUCUUAAACUCCAAUAACAGCAUCAUAAGCAUUCCCAUUCUAACUGAUGCACUAAAGAAUUUUCACAACUUCAGUACAGAAACCUCUGCUGACAGGAAUGUUCUUAUGGAACUGUACCUGAAACAGCUAGUGGUGUUUGUAUCUAACAGUCAGCUAAACAAAGCUCUUCUAGAAUUAAGUGCAAUGCAGGAGAUCCCGUUUUUGCACUCCAGUGACUUAAAAGAUGCUGCGUUGGAAAUUCUACAGUUUUUAAACCCUGAUACCCUCUACAAUAUUAGUGACAGCCAGAGUUUGAUACAAAACCUUCUUACUACUCUAUCAAGCUACAUGCCAGAUCAAGACAGGCAAAGCAAUAUCACUACAUCCAUUUUGUCAGUUAUUGACGCACUAAACAACUGCACCAAAGAGUCAGAGAAAUGUCUGACCUUAGUUUCUGUGUUUCAGAACAUAGUUACAGAUUUGGUAAAUGUUCUUAAUUCCCUGGAGAACACUAGCAUUCCGACUGAAUUUUCCAAUAGCUCGUUUCAGUAUUAUGCCACAUUCACUCACUCACAAAUUUCCUUUAUAAAUAAUAUUUAUUGGCUUGCUGCACAGUCUCAGGGGUUGUUUUAUAAUGGUACAGGAGACUUUACAGAUGUGUACCAUGAAGUUCUUUUAGCAGUUAAAUGCAUUAAAAACAUCACAGAUGAGCUGAACAUAACAAGUGAGCUUGGAGACUUAAACCAGGUUAAUAAAUAUCUGCAAGAAAUGAAGGUGAUUCUGCAAGUGCUAACAAGGAAUAACAUAACAGAAAUCCUUUUUCAGUUCCAACAAGUUGUUCAAGAGUCUAACUGUAAAAACCAGACAGAAGCUGACUUUCUUCUGUGCACUUUCAAUCUAACUUGCCGUAUUCUGAAUACCUUGGCAAAACUACAACUGCCUAAUCCACUGAGCGAUAAAAUCAAUGAUUUGUCCUUAAUUGCAACAUUCUGGAUGAGUGAAAUGAACACAACUGUAAAUAUUUAUGAGCAACUGGUCUCCAUUUACAAUAUAACAAAAAGUGUCUUGCAAAAUCAAGCGGCCCUACAAGCAAUCUUCAACAGUAUAAAUGAAAUUUCAAACACUCUGCAAAAUCAUAAAAUGGAAAAUGGUUCUUUGGACAUUGUACAAGAUAUAAUUAGCCUUAUUGAUGUGCUGCAACCAGACACCGUCUUUAGCCUGACCAAUAUUACUUGGAAUGUGAACAGUACCCAACUGGAAAAUGUACAAGCUCAGCUCAAAAUCCUUCAGUGGUAUAUAAUGUACAUAACAAACAAGACAGACUUUAAUAAUACCUCCAACAAACGGUAUCCUAUGUAUAGGCUUACACAGCUUAUACUGACCAAUGGGAUUCCGACCAUACAAAACUUGGUGACAUUUUUGAGCCAUACCCACAAUAUAACAGAGAUUAUUAACAUAACCUUGCAUGAAGAAGCAGAUAGACUUUUUCAACUCAUCACUGAUAUUGUAACUUCAAACCUGACAGGUUCAGAUUUCAUAAACCAACUGGAAACUUGGUUUGAGCUUUCGGAACUAAUCAAGACAAUAUCGUCCAGGGAAAAUGGAAGUGCCUUGGUCUCAUCUGACCUUUCUGCAAUUUGGCAAAGCAUAGACAAACUCUUGGGCGGAAAAUGGAACUGGGAUGAGAUAAACAGCAUAGCAAAUGCUGUACACACAGCCAUAACCAAUGGCAACAUUACAACUGAAACAGAUAUCCUACAACUUUAUGAAUCUUUAUUUAAUAUUUUUAAUCAAACAUAUUCAUCAGGAUACAUGAGCUAUGUACAAUUAUUAAUCUCUAAUUUAGAUUCUUUGUCAAUUACAAAUUGCCAAAAUGUUUCCAAUGUAAUUACAAACAUGUAUUCAAUUAUACAAAAUGUGUUCCCUUCAAAUUUAUGGCCUAAAAAUGCCACUGUCAUAAAUGCAACCAAAGAAAUUUGUGAUUUGAUACAGGAUAACUCACAUAAUCAAUUGGCAAACAUUUUGCACAUUUUUAGAAUAGUUGUCGUGGCUGCUGAAUCUUAUACACAAAAUGACACAAGAGAGUAUAUUAUUGCAGUAGAUGCUAUUGCUGCAAUGGUAGAAGAUCUUAUUUCUGAACCAGUGCCAUCUUUUAAUACUGUAUUAACUGCUAUAAAAAUGAUACCAAAAAUUAUGGAGUUAUUUCAUGUUGCAGAAAACACAACCAACUGGGUGGAAAACACAGAUUUUAACCAAUUACUUUAUUUAUUGUUGGACCUGGCAUGGAGUUUAUCUUCGUCCGAAGAAAUAAUUCUUGCUAAAGUAGAAAAUGUUACCUGGGAGACAAUACAGUUUGUCCAGAAUAUCCUCAACAGUCAGAAUGACUCUUCCUACAAAGCAAUCUUUUCUUUCUCACUGGAGGUAGUUAAACUUUUCCUCAACAAGACUGGAAAUACAUCUUCUGAAGACUACUCUGUAAUGUCAUUUGUAAAGCAAGUUUGGGAUCACUUCAGAGAAAGUGGAACAGAGCAUUUGAUCACUUCGAUUAUCAAGCAACAGAUUAUAAAUAUGUAUCCUGGUGGCUCAAAAGACUCUAUACUUUGGGACAAUAUUCUUCAGCUUCUGGUUAAUAUCACAGACCUGAUUCUUUCUGACACCACACAGAGGCAAAACUAUAUUAACACCAGCGCAGCAAUGAAAAUUCCACCUGCAGUUUUAGAAACUCUCCAAGACAUUUUGCUUUUGCACACUGAGAACACCACACAAGUCCUUUUAGAAACCUGGAAAAUACUUCAUGUGACUCAGAUAUUAUUUUCCAUGUCUGAACAAAAUGGAACUGACCAGAUCGGGAUGCUACUUACCAGUUUAAGCAACCUUAAUCUUGGAGAUGACAUCUUAAAUGACACAGCAAAACUGGUUGAACUUUUUUCUAUAAUAAACCAAACAGAGCUUAUUACUGAAUUAUUCAAUACUAUUUAUGUGGCAUUAAACAAUAAUAGCCAAGCUAGUAUGCUUUUCUUGGAUACACUCAAUAUUUUCAAAGACCUAGUGCAUUUAUAUAAUGCAAGUGACACUGAAGAACUUUCUACAGUCUUUGAAAUAUACUUGCAGAACUUCUCAGAUGCUGGCAUUGACCUUAUGCUAUAUUUUAAUGAUCUCUUAGGGAAACAGUCUGGAAAAGCAAAUAACACAAUUGAACAAGUGCUACCAUAUUUUUUGUCUUCAGAGCUGCAAAACAGAAGCAUUAAUACCAUAAACCAUAUUGCAAGGCUCAUCAAAUUAAUGUCUGCGUAUGUUCCAAAGGAUGAUCAGGAUAUUUUCCAGAAAGUUGCAAAUACCACUCUGCUGCUAAUUGAUGCUUUAGAGACUUGCAGUGCUAAGCCUGAGAACUGUUCUAAUAUUAAUGAAGAAAUACAGUAUCUUGCAUUUGAUAUGACACAGAUUGUGGCGGCAAUACAUAACAAGAGCUUGGAAGGACAUCUUGGAAACAGCACUUUCACUUAUAAUGAACAGUCACUGAAAAAUGUAAUAAAUGACAUCAGUUUGAUCUGGUAUGCUCAAGGACAACCAAAUGAUACUGCAGAAACACCGCUAAAACUUUUUGAAGAGUUCCUUGCAGUAAGAAGCUUGAUUCAGAACACCACACUAAGAAAUGACCUAAAUGUAACUAUUUCUCCUCCUCUACAGAACAUUCUAGAGGUUCUAACAUCUUCCAAUAUCUCAGAAUAUCUUUAUCAAAUACAAAAUGUGCUCAUGUCAAACUGUAUAAACCAGGAAGAUACAGAUCCAUCGGUGUGCAAUUUAAACCUUGCAUCAAAGCUUGCACAUCUCUUAAAUCUACUUCCCCUAACAGAAGCGGCUCAUGACAGGCUCUCAGUACUAAUUUCAAUAACUGAACUAUGGCUAAAUACAAUAAAUGAAUCUAUUCCAGCUGAUCAACAGCUUGUGGAUCUAUACAAUGUUACAAUGUUUGCAUCUAAACACAGACUUCUUUUAUAUGCCAUAAACAGAGCAGCAGAAAAUAUCUUACAGUUAUUACAGGAGACUAAGAGCGUUAGUUUCAAUGGAACCAAAACAAUAACCACACUUCUCUCCAGCAUCUUAAAAGUUAUUGCCUUUGAUGUCAACAAGUUCAAUUUGUCAAAUGUAUUACAAUCUAAUAUCAGUGACAGCCUGGUGAACAUAAGGCGGCAAAGUGAUAUAGUUCUUUGGCUCAUGUCACAAGUGAGAAAUACUACUGCUUUAGUGAAAACAUUAGCAGGUAACUAUACAAAUCAGACAGCUGGACAAUGGAUAACAGACAAUUACCAAUACAUAAAUCUAAUUUUUAGCAAUACAGAAAAUGUGAUUGAUGCAUUAAAUUCAUUUUCUACAUUUAAAGACCGAAUGCCGCUAUUCAAUGUAACCAAUGAAAAUGACAAAUACAGACUCAUACUCUACAAUGUUCAAGGACUACUCCAGAAUUUCUCAAAUUCUUACCUAUUUGAACAUCUUUUAAUGCAUGAAAACCUUCAUAAUACCCUCUGGGAAAAUGCAAUAUGGCUUGUUUUCAAUGUCACCGAACUAAUCGUUACAGAAGCAUCCCCCAGCCCACCCUAUAUUACCAUCAAUGCAACAAUGAAAAUUCUGCAGGUGGUUUUCAGAAAUAUCCAGCAGAUUGUGCUGCUCCAAAAAGAGAACAUAAACCAGGGCCUAAUGGAAUUCUGGCAAACUGUUUUUAAUGUGUCUGACAUAUUCCUUGCCUCUGGACAAAAUGGCACCAGCCAGCUAGAGACGCUAAUCACCAGUGUGAACAAUCUGAGCUUUGGACCCAAUUUUAUCAAGGAUGCCUCCAAAUUGGCAGAACUGUUCUCUAUAAUAAAUCAGACGGGGCUUAUUUCUGAACUAGCCAACAAUCUUCCUAUUGCCUUUCAAUAUGAUAAUAUCCAACAGUUUAAGCUCUUUCUAAAUGCACUGGAUAUUUUCAAUGGCCUUGUUCAAUUCAACAACACAAUCAAUAUUCAUGAACUUUCUUCUGUCUUCAAACAAUACCUGCAGAAUUACACAGACGCUCGAAACCAAACACAAGAUUCACUGAAUAUGAUUCUAAACGUUUUGUUUUAUCUCAAUAAUCUAAGUGAAGGACUACCCAGUGAACUAGAUAAUACAUUUAUGCAUGCAUUGUUGCAGUUUCAAGAGCUAACAAAUCUAAGUAGUAAUUUCACAAAUAAAAUAGAAACACUCUUCAAUUUUAUUUCUGAGUAUGUGCCUAAGGAAGAGCAGGGCAUCUAUGAAAAAGUUGCAAACAUCAGUCUGCUGCUUAUUGCGACAACAGAGACCUGCAAUGCUAAACUUGGAAACUGCACCAUUCAUUUUGAAGAAAUUCAACAUUUGCUGCUUGAUAUUACCCAAUUUUGGCCACUAAUACAAAACAAAACCGCGGUUGAACUCUUCACAAACAGCUCACUAUUGCUGCUAGAUUCACUGGACCAAUCAGCAAAAACUCUCAUCAGUGACAUCAUAUCUAUUCUGUUAUAUACCCAAAAGCACUCAGAUAAUUCCUCAGAAAUGGUAGCUGGGAUCUUUGAGGAAAUGCUUACAGUGAGGAACUGGAUUCUGAACAGCACAUUAAGAAAUGAUUUAAACUUAACUAUUUCUCCAUCUCUGCAGAACAUUCUGGAGAUUCUGAAAUCACAUGAAAAUAACAUCACAGAAUUUCUCUACCAAAUUGAAAAUAUUGUGAAUACAUCAAACUGUUUUAACCAGAGCGGAGCGGGACCAUUACUGUGCAACUUAAACCUCACACUGAAGCUCACACAGCUUUUAAUGUCGCUGCCCUUAAACCAAUCAGCUAAAGACAGCUUUUCAAUCGUUUCCUCCCUUGCAGAACAAUGGCUAAGUAAAAUCAUCAAUAACGUUUACACAUAUCAGCAGUUCAUUGAAUUCUAUGACGCUACUGUAAAUGCAUCUCAAUACAAAACUGCUUUAAACUUAAUUUACAGGUCAGUUGCAGAUAUUGUACAGUUAUUACAAGAAACCGGAGCAGUACUGAAUAUCAAUAUCAAUGGAACAGAUACAGCGGCUGCUCUCUUUUCAGAAAUGUUGGAUGCGGUUGGUUUUGAUGCCUCCAACUACAAUUUCUCAAGUGCCAUACAACACAAUAUCAGUGACAUAUUGAACAACAUACAGUUUCAGCUUGAUGUUGUGCAGUGGUUUAUUAUCCAGGUUAGAAACCAGACAGGGUUUAUAAGCACAUUUCCAGGAGCCUAUACCAUGCAAAAACUUGCACAUUGGAUGAUAGAUAAUUACCAAUACAUCAAGGUAAUUAUUAAUAAUAUAGAACGGACAAUUGAUGUAUUUAACCCAUUUUUUACACUGACUGAUAUACUACAAAUAGUUAACACAACCUCUCAAAAUGAAAAAUAUCACCUCCUUUUCUAUAGGAUAAAGGCAAUAUUGCAGAACUUAACAAACGAUUCAUUUUUUGGAGAUCUUCUUACAAACAAAAGUUUUCAGAGUGUUAUAUGGCAAAAUGCUUUGCAACUUGUUUUUAAUAUUACAGAUCUGAUCAUCACUGAAGAAUCCCUCAACCCACCUUAUAUUACAACGAACACAACCAUGAAAAUUUUACAAAUGGUUUUAGAAAAUUUUCAGCAGAUUUGGCCAUCAGACAAUGAUAACAUCACUCGGUUUAUUAAGGAAUCCUGGCAAACUGUUUUGGACAUUUCUAAAAUAUGUAUUGCCCCUUUUCAACAGAAUGAAACCAGCAAGCUAGAGAUGCUCAUCACGAGUUUAAAUACAUUGAAGUUUGGAAAUGGCAUAUUUAAUGACACAGCCAAGAUGGCUGAAUUAUUUACUAUCAUAAAUGAGACAGGGUUAAUUAGUGAACUAGAUAAUGCACUUCAUAUUGUUUUGAGUUAUGAUAAUAUCCAGAAAGUUAAAUUGUUCCUAGAUGCUUUGGAGAUCUUUACAGGCCUUGGUCACUUAAAUAAUGCAAGUAAUAUUCAAGAACUUUCUGCAGUUUUCAGAAACUACUUGCAGAGCCAAUCAGAUUUUGGAAACAACACGGAAACUGCAUUUAAUUUGAUACUCAACCUUCUGCUGAAUUUAAAUAAUCUAAUAGGGAACCAGUCCGGUGACAUGAAUAAUGGAAUCCUACAAGUUCUACCAUUUUUCCAGUCCCCUGAGUUAGAAACUAUAAAUAAUAAUGUCACAAAUCAAAUUGCCUUGCUUUUCAACUUGAUCUAUGAGCAUAUACCAAUGGGAGAACGGGAUAGCUACAAAAAAGUGGUCAAUUCUAGCUUGCUGCUUGUUAAGGCUAUAGAGACAUGCAAUAGCAAACCUGAAAACUGCAGCAAUCUUAUUCAAGGAAUCCAACAUUUUGUGCUGGAUAUUAGACAGAUUCUUACAGUAAUAGAGAACAAGAGCUUGGAAGAACAUUUUGGAAAUGGCUCCUUCCUUCAUAUGGAAUACAAUGAACAAUCACUUAAAACUCUAAUUAACGAUAUCCUCUGGAAUGUUCAGGUAGGCUCAAAUAAUACCAGUGAAACAUUGCCUGCAGUUUAUGAUGAUCUCCUUAUACUUGUAAACUGGAUUCUCAAUAGCACAGUAAGAAAUGAUCUAAACCUUACAAUAUCUCCUUCCCUACAGAACGUUCUGGAAGUUCUGUCAUCAUUUAACAUCUCAGAAUUUCUUUUGCAAAUACAGAAUUUGUUACUCACAUCAGACUGUGUAAACCAGACAAAUGUUGACCCAUUGCUUUGCAACUUAGAACUAACACUGAAGCUUACACAACUUUUAAACAUAACAAUGUUGCCACAGCUGACUCGAGACAGACUCUCAUCUAUCUCUUUAUUAGUAAGGCAAUGGCUAAGCAAAAUUAAUACUACAGUUUCUUCCUAUGAGCAUCUCAAGAAUUUCUACAGUCUUACAGUUCUUGCCAUUCAACAUCAGCCAGUUUUGCAUGCAAUAAACAAAUCUUUUGUGGAUAUUAUCCAGAUAUUACAAAACAGCGAGGCACCUUUAAAUGUUUCUGUUAAUGGAACACAUGCAAUAGCUAAUCUUAUUGCAGACAUGUUACAAGCAAUUGACUUUAGUUCAUCCAGCAACAAUAUUUCCCAUUUGUUACAAUAUAAUAUCAGUGAUCUUCUGGAAGGCAUACGACUACAGCUUGAUUUGGUUCAUUGGCUUAUGCUCCAAGGAAGGAACCAGACAGCAGCCUUGGGUCCUUCGACAAGUGCCUACAUACAAAGCAUUACACAGUGGUUGCUUAAUAAUUACAAAACUCUCAGACAAAGUAUUAAUGAUGCUGAACUAGUUCUCAGCUCUUUAAAUAAUACAUUCAGCUUAACAGAUCUGAUGCAUCUAGUAAGCACUACUCUCCCAAAUAAGCAAACCCAGUUUAUUAUACUUCAAAUUGACCAGGUGAUACAGAACACUGUAAAUAUUUCAUUCAGUGAUUUCCUUAUCAGUCCAAGCAGUCAAAAAGGUGUUAAAUUGGCUUUAAUUCUUUCUCAAGAGAUAAAUAGUACAUUCAUACCCGCAGUUCUGAAAACCAUAAAUGUUGCACUUCAAGUUUUACAAGGCAAAAUGGCCCUUCAUUUAAAGUACCCAUCUCAAAUCAACCUAACAGUGGAAAAGAUAGAUACAAUAGUAAAAGAAGGGAUGGAAAUCCUUAAUGACAUUCAAACGAAAGAGACUGUAAGUAAAGAAAUGAUUUUCAGAAUUUACAACUUUACUCGUUUGCUGGUUCAGGACGAAUGGCACUGGGUUCCUUUCCAAAACAUGUCUGCUAUGGAAACAGAGUUGCUGGAUGUUUGGUACUUGGCUAUGAGUCCUUUCUUAGGAGGAAAUCUGUCACAGCAAUAUACUGGUAACUGCUCUUCUCAAGAUGUUUUAAAUAUACUCAUUCAGACAAUAUUCAGGAAUGCCACUGUGAAUGAGUCUUUGACAGAAGGAAAAUGUUCAUGGCAGUUCAUUAUUAACACCUCUGAUAACAGUACAAGACACAACUAUACACUGAAUGAUAUUUAUCUUGCAUUGCAGAAUUCUCCUAUGUUCCAUAAUGCAUGUAAUGAUAACAGUUUGCUCCCAUUAGCUGAUGAAAUGGCUUGCUUGAUGCAGUUCAUGGAACUUUCUGUUGGCAUACUGGCAGAGCUAAAUAACAUUUCAGGCUUGCAGAGUCCACUAAUUAAUCUGCUAGACAAUAGUUUUACUUUUAUAUCUUCCCAUUUACCAGAAAACAAUUCUACCUUUGCUUCAGGAACACAAUUAAUACAAAUUUUCCAAAAUAUCUUUUUAAACCAGUCCAACCCACUUCACAUUUUCAUUCAACUUAUGAUUAACAACACUAAUUCUAGUGCCCAGACUCCUGAUUUACAACUAAACUGGGCAGAAUUAUCCAAGAUUUUGGCUUCACUGCAUGGGCACUUUGAUGGCCAUAUUUAUGAGCUUAUUCAGUUAGCCUUUAAUGUAACAAACUUACCUCCCUGGCUACAGUCUAUUCAGGCUAUGGACAGCUUCUUAUCAAUGAACUGGACUGUUUCUGAGAUUGAUAGCUCUAUUUCUGUUCUGAAAACUAUAAAAAGUGCACUAAAUCUUAUAAAUAGCCUUUCGGCAUGGGAUUCAAAAACAAGUCAGAUGUAUCAAUCCAUUCUUUCUUUACUGAAAAAUCCAAACCUUCAAUUCCUUCUAAACAUCAGUAAUAACACAGUGGAUAACUUUAACCUGACAAUGAAUACUGAAUGUGAAGCCAUUCUGAACCUGGUUUCCAGAUUUUCAGAUUCUGUUUGGGUGGCAUUUGAUCCAACACAUCAAAAAUUGGAAGAUAUGUUCAUUUCUAACUUAAGCUCAUUGGCUUGCAGUCUCCUACAUUUCCAAUCAGGCCAGUUGAAUGGAGUUUUAGAGCUGGUUACAAUUAAAACUAUUUUACCUUACACAGCAUAUUUUGUUCCAGCAGAGAUGACUAACUAUUUCACUGCUUCAGAAAGGAUUGUUACAUUUUUAUCUGGCAAUCUAAACUCAUCAAAUAACUCUAUAGAGAACAUACUAAUGAACAUAUCUAACCUGCUCCUACAAGAAUUAAGCCUCUUCAAUAGCACAAGAUUUGUAGCAGAUUGGUUGGAAAGAAUUCCCCUACAGAACAUCUACUUGUUUCUGUCAAACUUGAUAAAGAGUUACUCUUCUGUGGAUGUGACACCUACUCAGAACUCUGUUGCAGAGAUGGUGGUCUUGAAUUUGGUUUCAGAAGCCCUGGGUGCCACUUCAUACACACAGGCGAUUUCCGCCUUAACUAACCUGACAACGUAUUUGAUGAGCAACACCGGAGCCACUGCCUCAAGUAGCAAUUUAACGCUGCAGCUUCUGAACUUUGUGAAAGAAUUGGCUGUUAGUACACAGAAUGUAUCACUGGCUGGGCCUUAUGAAAACACCAAAAGUUGUUUGAUGAAGGCUGUCUCCAACCAGUCAUCAGCUUUACUUUCCUUAGGUCACCUUGAAGAGAUGAUUCAGCUCAUCCAGGCCGUGUUCACUCAAAGCAAUGAAUCAGCCAACGCAUCACUGACUAUAGAUUUGCUCAAAUUAAAGAUACAACAACUACAAAAUCUGACAACUCUCAUCUGUGGUUUUGGAGGUUCUGACGUGUCCUACAGCUACUGCAACUUCACAUGUCAAUAUACAACUAUGCUGAAGUCAGCCGUAGACCGUGCAAUUUCAGUAACCAGUGACAGUGUUACCGCUGUCAGCACCACAAAUAAAGAGAAAAUAGCAGCUAUUUUUAACAGCUUGUUUCAAAGCCUCCAGGAAGCUCUGUUAGCUGAUUUGGGUUCUGUGUUUCCAGUUGAUAUAUCUAGCAUGACGUCAAUUUUGAAUGGUUAUGUUAAUGAAACAUCCUCCAAUUUUACAGCAAUAUUAGGAAACCUGUUCACAGACAGCAAUCAGGUUGACAAUCAACUGCGUGACUUUGUGAAAUUAAAUAAUGAAAGUAUAACUGCCCUUCUCAAUCUGCCAAUCACAAGCAACUUUUCCCAGAUUAUUGAUGGGUUUGUGACACUGGAUAAUUGUCGACUGAACACCUUUAUUGUUACCGAGCCGUUCCGGGUGUUCUGCACUCUUUCCUCAGAGCAAGGAUAUCAGAUGGCCAUCAUAUUUUUACAGAAUGUGGAUCUUUUUAAAUUAUUCUACAGAUUAAUGGUUCCAACAACAUGGCAAACAGCCCUUGACCUUAUUUUGACUGUAUUGGAUAAACUGAUGAAUGACUUGAAUACAAUGCUUGCAAAUUUUCCCUCUGAGCAAGAACUAAAGCAAAUGUUUGAUGCCAUAAACACUUUUAUGAACCUCACUGCGAAGAGUAAAAGUACAUUGUUAAGGAGAAAGAGAAGUGCUGCUGCUCCUACUCCUACUAUACUUGAUGCCACUAAAGCUAUCUGCGCUGGAAAUUAUAGUAGCCUCAGGCUGAUUCUCCAGAUGAUAAACUCUACACGCAAUUCCAAUGCAAGAUCAGCAAGCCCCACUGAUUCAUUUGGCAUUUCUACUAACAAUACAUUCUGCGACAAUCUGUUCAAUAAUUUAGUUUCAACGACCAGUGGGACUGCCUAUUGGCUUCUGCUGAAGCCCCUGUUAUAUGGACAGAUUCUGUAUACACCAUACAACAACCUUACAAAGCAAAUAAUGGAGAAGGCUAAUGCCACCAUUCAGCAGGUUGUGGCAUACAAAGGCAAUGUUAGCACUUGGGUUACUAGCAUCCAGCAGUUAUUAAAUCAAUGGGAUAAGCUUCAACAAGCCGGAACUCUUAUUGGACGUCUACAGGAACUGCUCAACAAUUCUGUUAUAGAUAACAUUCUUACGAAUUUUCUGAAUACAAACGCAUCUCAUAUCAACAAUACAAUAAACAGUGCCUUAAACAUCAUAAAUCUACUAAAUACCAACAUUAAUAAUAUCCAGCAAUUCCAGCCUAUUGCUACUGUGAUAAACAACUUAUUGUCCUGCAUGACCUACAACCGUAUUCAGCCAAUGAACAGCGUAGAAGAAAUGCAAGCAAAAGCUGUAGAACUCCAGAACAACAACAAGCUGUUUGCAGCUGUGGCAUUUGAUCUUCCCUCUGAGACCACUGGGCAGAGUAAAGCAUCAUUUAAUCUCCCGAAGCAAAUUAAAUACACCAUUAGCAUGGAGCCCGUACUGUCAGAGGACACCAAUAUCAUCAGAAAAUCCUAUUGGACCCCUGUCCCAGCCAGCUCCCUUAACAAAUACAGUCGAGGCUUUGUAUAUCUACAAGAAAACAUUGACAGAGCUAUUAUUGAAAUGCAGACAAAUAAAAGUGUUGCCAAUGUCGGUUUGCAAUACCAGUCAGUGCCCUUUCCUUGCUACAAGAGAGACCGUUUUCUGGCAAGCAUGGGCUACACACUGCCAAUCGCACUGAUGAUUACGUGGGUCCUCUUCAUCUCUGCAUUUGUAAAGAAGAUUGUACAUGAGAAAGAGAUGAGGUUGCACGAGUACAUGAGGAUGAUGGGAGUCAACUCUAGCAGCCAUUUUUGUGCUUGGUUCAUUGAGAGUGCAUCAUUUUUAUUAAUAACAGUCAGCAUCCUAGUUCUUCUUCUGAAGUUCGGCCAAAUUCUUCCCAGUAGCAAUGGUUUCAUCCUAUUUCUCCUCUUCCUGGAUUAUAGCUUAACGAUUAUUGCCAUGAGCUACCUCAUCAGCGUUUUCUUCCACAACACCAAUGUCGCUGGACUUAGUGGAAGCCUGAUCUACAUCAUUACUUUUUUCCCUUUUAUUGUCAUUGCCACCAAGAGUUCUGUCUUAUCCUUUUCUGCUAAAACAUUGCUGUGUAUUUUUUCUCCAACGGCACUGAGCAAUGCAAUCCAGUAUGUGGUUUAUUAUGAAGAACAAAGUGUGGGAAUCCAAUGGAGUAAUAUGUACAUAUCCCCACUGCUAGGGGACUCAAUGACUUUUGGGUGGUUAUGCUGGCUCUUAUUUAUAGACGCCAUGAUUUACUUCCUUGUUGGGUUUUAUAUUCGGAUGGUAUUUCCAGGAAAAUAUGGAAUCCCAGCUCCCUGGUAUUUUCCCUUCCAGAUGUCAUUCUGGCUGAAAUGCUGUGGAUUGGAGUCUCUGCGCCCUACAAAAUCAAGUGGAUUAACAUUUACCAAUAUCAUGGCAGACAACAUAUAUCAUAAAAAGGGUGCUGAAAAUGAUCUUUGUUCAUUAAAUGAACAAGAACCCAACGAUCUUACUGUGGGAGUCUCACUUCAUGGUUUAACAAAGGUUUUCCAGUCCAAAACUGCUGUCAACAAUCUAAAUUUAAACUUCUACGAGGGUCACAUAACGGCACUUUUGGGGCACAAUGGAGCUGGAAAAACUACCACUCUUUCCAUGUUGACAGGUCUCUUUGGUGCCAGUUCUGGUACUAUUUAUGUGUAUGGUGAUGAUAUUAGAACAAAUCUGGAUCGUGCCAGAAGCAACAUGGGGGUCUGCAUGCAGUAUGAUGUUCACUUUGAUCAUCUUACCACAAAGGAACACCUGCUGCUUUAUGGUUCUAUCAAAGCUCCUCACUGGACCAGGGCACAUUUACACAUAGAAGUAAAGAGGAAUUUGAAAGAUACAGGAUUAUACAAUCACCGCCACAAGCCUGUGAAAGCCUUAUCCGGUGGCAUGAAAAGGAAGCUGUCCAUUUGCAUAGCUCUAAUUGGUGGUUCCAAAGUUGUGAUCUUAGACGAACCAACCACUGGUGUAGACCCCUGUUCAAGACGUAGCAUUUGGGAGGUCAUAUCCAAACAGAAAAAAGAUAAAACCAUAAUUUUAUCCACCCACCAUUUGGACGAGGCAGAGGUGUUAAGUGACCGGAUUGCAUUCCUUGAGCAGGGAGGCCUGAAAUGCUGUGGGACCCCCUUGUAUCUUAAACAGAAGUUUGGCAGCGGGUACCACCUCACUCUUACUAAAAAGUUCCCAAAUCGAGAGAACCAAGAAGAAUGCGAUGUAGAGUUGGUGACUGAUCUCAUAAAGUCACAUAUUCCAGAGGCUUGUUUGAAGGAGGAUGUUGGAGGAGAACUAGUGUACCUCCUGCCUUCAUUUAAUGCUGAAAUUUCUGGGGCCUACUUAUCUCUUCUCCAAGCUUUGGAUAGCAGAAUGAAUGACCUCCAUAUUGGGUGCUACGGAAUCUCAGAUACUACCAUAGAAGAGGUGUUUCUCAAGCUGACUGAUAACCUUGACGAAGAUGAACAAGAUGCCAUGGCUUGGUCCAGCACAAAGACGGUGGUGCCUAUACCUAAUGAAGAAAAUUUGCAUGUACAGGAUGAGCUGUCUUUAACCAACUACAGAUUUACAGAUAGAGAUGACCAACCCCUGACGAAUGAGGAAAAGCUUACUGGUGUGUCUCUGCUCCUCAAGAAAAUCAUGGCCAUCUUUAUUAAGAGGUUCCACAAUUCCAGACGAAACUGGAAAGGCCUUAUAUCUCAGGUUCUGCUCCCUGUUCUUUUCGUUGUCAUUGCCAUGGGGCUAGGGUCACUUUCCUCGAGUGCUGUAUCUUUUCCAGAACUCCUGCUGACACCCGAUCUUUAUGGUACAUCUUCACAGUCAGUGGCAUUUGGGUUGUAUAAUGAAUCAUCUUCUAAUCUGGUCUCAGCAAUGAAUUCAUUUCCUGGCAUAGACAACUCCUGCUUGAACCAAAAUUCUAAUUGCUUGAGCCAAAAUGGUUUGGGUCUAUGGACUUCUGACAACCAGUCGCUUUCAUAUGGUUCCUGCAACUGCUCCACUGGUGCACCGGUAUGUGAUGCAUCUUCAGCUGCUCCACCUCAUCGCCGGACUUUCUCUGAGCAGAUGCUUUAUAAUGUCUCUGGAUAUAAUAUGGAAAGCUAUCUCCUGACCACCAAUUUACAGUUCAUCCAAAAGCGAUAUGGAGGAUGGAGCUUUGGCAUCCCAUGGGUCUCAAGUAAGCUGGAAACACUUGUACCUCAAAAUCCAAAUAUGACAAUAAGCAAGGUCUGGUUUAACAAUGAUGGUCCUCACAGUCUCCCAGCAUUCAUUAACAGUUUCAGUAAUUUCCUUCUGAGAACCAACUUACCAAGCAAUGAAUCUGACCAAUACAGUAUUUCUGUCGCCAGCAAACCUCUCUCUGGAACCGUGAUACAGACAUCCACGACUGUUACCUUGGUGAAUACUUUAAUUGCUCUCUGUGUGCUGGCCGGUUACUCCAUCACAACUGCAAGCUUUGCAACUUAUGUGGUUAAAGAGCAUCACAGUGGGGCAAAGAGACUGCAACAUAUUGCUGGUGUUGGAGAGACCUGCUAUUGGGUGACAAACUUCAUCUAUGACUCGAUCAUCUACCUCAUACCAGUCUCCCUCUCCUUAGCAACAAUAGCCAUCUUCAAACUUCCAGCAUUCUACGACUACCCAAACCUGGGUGCAAUGUCUUUGCUUUUUAUAUUAUUUGGCUUUGCCACAUUUUCAUGGAUGUAUCUUCUUGCGGGAACAUUCAAGAGCCCUGGCAAUGCAUUCAUUACAUAUGUUUCCAUCAACCUGUUUAUUGGCAUCAAUACAAUCAUCUCCACCUCUGUAGUUUAUUUCCUUUAUGUUCAGAGGUCACCAUCUGAUAGUGAUUACCAGAGCCUGAAUCAGACCUACACUGUCCUCACAGACGUUUUUAAGAUUUUCCCUCAGUUCUGCUUUGGGUAUGGAAUGAUAAUGCUGUCUCAGCAGCAAGCCCUACAAAUGCAGUCGGCAAUCUAUGGAGGUACAAGCACAACCAAUAUUUUUAGCAUGGAUAUUUUAGGCUGGAUGCUUUCUGCCAUGGCUAUCCAAGGAGCAUUUUGCUUUCUGUUAAGAUUGCUAAUUAAUGAUGGAAUCAUUUUCAGUUUCAAGAGUUUUGUCAAAAGAAACUGUAUGAAAUCUUAUCUUGUUGUUACAAAAAACCCUGAAGAAGAUGAGGAUGUCAGGGCAGAAAGAGAGCGUGUGGAUUCUGGUCAAGCUGAUCCAGAUCUCUUGCAACUGCAAGGUCUCACCAAAGUCUACCAUCAUGUCGGCAAAAAUAUGGUUGCUGUUAACAACAUGACUUUAAGUAUUCCAGCUGGAGAGUGUUUUGGCCUUCUUGGUGUGAAUGGGGCAGGGAAAACCACAACUUUCAAGAUGCUCACAGGAGAUGUUGCUCCAUCCAAAGGAAACAUACAAGUCAGAAACAAUGCUGGAAACUUAGAGAAUGUGUUGGGCUUUAACACAGACUGGUCAGCCUUUGGUUACUGCCCUCAAGAAGAUGCACUGGAUGAAUUAUUGACCGGAGAAGAACACUUGUAUUUUUACGCAAGAUUACAUGGGAUCCCAGAGAAGAAGAUCAAAGCAGUGUCAUUUAGCCUCCUUCAAAAGCUGCAGCUCGUGCAAUACAAAGACAGAACCACUGCCGCAUACAGCUGUGGAACUCGGAGAAAACUCUCAACAGCCCUGGCCCUUAUCGGAAGACCUUCUAUUCUUCUCCUGGAUGAGCCUAGUUCAGGGAUGGAUCCGAAAACUAAAAGACAUCUAUGGAAAAUAAUCUCUGAAGAAGUCAAGGAAAAAUGUGCAGUGGUGCUGACAUCUCACAGUAUGGAAGAGUGUGAAGCUCUGUGCACCAGGUUGGCUAUUAUGGUGAAAGGAAAAUUUCAGUGCAUUGGUUCCCUACAACACAUAAAGAGCAGAUUUGGAAGUGGUUUUACAGUGAAGAUGCAUUUGAAAGACUCUUCUGUCAAUGUCGAGGCACUUACCAGCUUCAUGUGCCGUCAUUUCCCAAAUACAUACCUUAAGGAUCAACAUUUUACCAUGGUAGAAUACCAUGUACCAGUGACAGCAGGAGGCGUUGCCGGCAUAUUUGAUCUUCUUGAAGCCAACAAGUCAGACUUGGAUAUCAUUCACUUUUCUGUCAGUCAGACUACUCUAGAUGAGGUUUUCAUCAACUUUGCCCAAUCUCAAGUCAGUCCAGAUAAUUCCAGUGUGAAUAGCCAAGAGCUUCAACAGAAUGCCUUUGUCAUUGAAGAUGAAUGAAAGCAAAGCACUUUAUAAAGGCAAAGUCUUUGAGAAAUUAUCAUUGUGUGGCUGUCUAACACAUUAAGAACCUGGCCACCCCAGGUCUUUUUACUGAAACAACAACACCCAUAUACAGUAUAUAAAUGCACUUUUGUACGGUAUGAGUCAGUAAAAUGCACUUGUUUACAGGACUUUUGAUAAAGUGAUGUUUCUGAUAUCGAAUUAUAAAGUUUUGAUUUACAAAUACCAGGUUUACAGAAACCUUUUAGUGACUGGUUCACUACUAAGGCUUAUUUGAUAGAUUUGGGUCCUGCUUGGACAAUACAGUCAAAGUUUAGAGUAAGGUAAAACAUUCUGCCAAUAUUUUCUCAGUUCUUUUAUCCUGAUAAAAUAGCUAGUAAUGUAUUGCAGAGAAAAUGCAAGAUAUCAGUGCUGGUAUCGGACCAUAACCUUACUUGCAACGCUUUAGGCUGUGCCUGAUCUGAGAACAGACUGAAAACAAAAUUUAAUUAUUUUUUUACAAAUAAUUAUUAAAUCUAUAACACCUUAUUUUUUUAUAAUUUUAUAAUGAUUUUCUUUAAAAAGUGUUUACAUCUGAGUUAUUUAAUGCAUUGCCAAUAUUUCUAAACAUUUCCUGAUAUUUACCUUUUUUCUUUGUAUUUUUCAUGUAAAAACCCAAUGCUUUAGGGUUAAUAAAUGGCUCCUAACUUAAAAUUCAUUAUACAAAAAAAAGUAUAGAUCAUGCUGGAGCUACAGAUUCAGAUUUCUUUAUAAAACAUUCUAGUUGCGCCAUAUUGAACACUUAUAACCUAUACUAUACACUGCCUUUGCCAACUAAUUAUAUUGGUCAAAUUAAAAUCUGUCAACAAAUACUGCAAGACAGCAGACAGUUUCUCUCAUGCUGUGACAUUGAUUUAGUUGAAUGAAUUUAAAAAAUUAUUACCGUCUUGCUGUGAAUGCCAGUACUAGCAGCCUGCUACAAGAAAAUGAAGGAACUUCAAGAAUCCUACUUUAUCAAAGAAUAGCUAAAUAUUUCUUCAAUAUCAUUCUGGUGAUCAGUUUUACUUAAUUGAAAUCCAGGAAUAUCUGCUAUUCAGUUGUAUGUAUGUUGUAUGUAUCCAAAGCCAUUUUGGACUGAUAAAUAUUACUAACUGGUCUGAUAAUUUCAAUGGCAGAGAAGAGACCAUAUUGUAUGCACUGUGAGCGCCCCUACAAUCUGCACCCCAAAGGACACUGUUAUAUGGCAGGGAAUCUGUUUUAUCUUUAUCCUUCUGAAUUACUCUGCUCACUCAGGUAUAUUUCUCAUUAACAAAGAAGCAUGCAGUAAAUUUAAUUACCUAUUUAUUUUCAAAGGGAAAUACUGGUUAUGGAUAUAAACCAUUGCACUAUAUGAAAAAACUACCUUAAGGCCUUUAUUACAGAAGCAUAGGUAAAAAAAUUGACUUGAUUGUCAUUUGUGUAGAAAUCUUUUCUUACUAAUCUUUUGGAUGUGCAGUCGUAGGUAUUUUUCUAAAUGGAACCAAAUAUUGUUAACAAAUAUAUGCACUUACAUGCCACUUUUUUAAAUGCACUUACAUGCUCAAUGUAUUUUAGUAGAAAAAAAAUAUUUUUAUUUCAAUAAAUGCAUUUUUUCAAGAA